AUGAGCAGCGAUGCGGGCAACGCAGAAGCGACGCCAGCCAAAGGCGUGCGCAACCUUCGCGCGAUGUUUGAAAAGAAUGUGGAAUCAGAGAGCUCUCAUGUAGCUACGCCCGUGCGAAAAGCAAGUGCAGAUAGCAACAAAACCACAGACGCUACUGUUGAUGUAGCGUCCCUAAAAGAAGCACUUGCAGAAGCUCAGGAGCGGACCAGCGAAAAUAUGACAUUGUCGGACAAAGGUGCUAAAGGUGUGCCAACACCAACAAGCGACCCUACCGCACCGAAGCCUAAGCCUUCGAUUACGCCAAAACCGAAACCGCGCACAGGCCCGAAACCAGUCAAAAGCGCUUCAGUUUGCUCAGAAACGACCAGCAAGCCGGCCAAUCUUGCUAGCUUGGAUGCGUCAGCAAAAGGUGCAAAUACCACGCUAGAACCUACGGAUGACGUCCCGAGCGACGACAGGCCGAAGCCUACUCUCGCGCGCGCCAAGCCCAUCGUUCCGAAACGCACCGCGAACGCGCAGCCCCCCGAGAUUCUGGAAACAGUUCCUCUUAGCGCAGAAGCGCUAGUCGACACUGAUGUGCCUGUCGAGUUAGCUGCUGGUGAAACACCUGCCCCACUCGCCAUACCAACACCUAUCUCACGAUACGAAGCAUGUUUUGAAUCUUUAUCGAUUCCUGUGGAUGGUAACGUUGUUGUACCAGCGGAAACCGUUGGAAUUGUAUGGAAACGUGCGAAGCUGCCGAAUACAACCCUCGCCGAGAUAUGGCGCACGGUCGCCGGUGAAAAUCCCGACACUCCGGGACUAAAUCGCGAGCAGUUUACAGCGGGACUUGGUAUUAUUGACGCUAAGCUUCGUCUCGCGCAGUUGUCAACUGCCGGCGCAGACGCGCGCACAAUGCCGCCGCAGCUUCCCCUCCGACCCCGUCAUAGCCUUGCGUAG